GCGGCGGGUAGGUUCGCGUCGCGGCGCCUCGCGUCAGCGUCGCUGGGACCGUCGACGGAGGCCAACAGUGGUGGCCAACGCAUCGCGCGAGCCGCGUACAUCCGCCAUAUUGGCCGCGAGAGCACGGCUCCUCCGCGAACAUUUCACUCGACGGAUCAGGGGGUUAGGAAACGAGGGCGUAGUGUCGCGUUAACCCCUCGCGAGGCGGGCAAAGGGGGUGGCAGGCAGGAGGUCGACAUCGCUCCAAGACUAGCCGAGUUCGCCUCGAAUCUGUUUUCUAAACAGCAAAGUGACAGAGGGUGACAGAAGGAACUAGGACAAGAAAGAGAGGACAGAGAAAAGAGGAUCCAAGUGUACGACAGUGAUUCAAAGGUGUCCAGUGGAAGAGAGACGAAUCUUGAUCUACGCUCUGAAAAAGACAUUAUCCGUUGGCAAAAAGAAGAUGUAACAGAUCCAGUGCAUCGUUCACGAUCUAUCGUACGAUCCUCCGAGCAGCCGGAAGAUUCUCGAGAUCGGUCCACGCUCUUCCACUCUAAAAAGAUAAGGAGAUCGAAUAGAUCAGGGUAUCGUGGCAUCUUGCUCUUUUAGAAAACUUUCCUGGCAGGAAUCGUCGAGGUGUCGAGUAACCGGAUUCGAGAAAGGUUCCCUCAGGAGUGUCCAUUGGUGGUUUCCGUUAAUUUUUCGGUGAGCCUCGAGCAGCUCGGUGUCCAAGCGUGACUCGUCUCUCCCUCUGGUCUCUGCCAAUCAAUAACCCAACAACGCACCGCCUCGCUCGCGCUCAACUCUCUGCCUCCCUGUGCCCCUCUCUCUCUCUCUCUCUGCUCUCGAUCCGCCGCCGACGGAUCGUCCAGAUGCGUUGAGAGGUCGCGGAACGCGAUGCUCACCCGUUUCCCGUUUCCGUCCGACUCGCAGCGCUCCUCUUUCCCCUGUUCCGGUCUGCUCGGUUCCGUGAUUCCGUUUCGAUCGUCCUGCCAAGGUCCGACAAACGAAGGAAUCGACUCGGCUAAGGGAAAGAGGUUCCAGGAACGCUAACCUGUCGCGAAACACGCUCUCUAGGACCCUGACUUCGUUGAAUGCUGUCGUACUCCAAGUAUUCGAGCUGCCUUGCAGAGGCGGUAAGAGGUGGAAGAGUUCCCCUCGUCAGGCCGACUGGCGGGAGGUUUGCCAAGUCGAUUCUUUCAUUUGCCGUACCUUAGGAAUCCCUCCUCCCGCCGCGGAUCAGCGACGGUAGCAACGUCGCGACGUCCGCGCCGACGGCGAGCCAGAGGCGGCGGUAGCGGCGCUCCAACAGGCCGCGCCAGCGCCCUGCGGCGGUUUCAAUCGCACACGAACCUAUUUAUACGACGUCGAGCAUCGCCGAGGACGACGCAGCGAGAGCAGCGCCGGUGGUGGGCCGCCCACGCCGAGCAACAAGCCCCGAGGGAAGCGAGCGUCGUCGACGGGGGAAUCAGAAGAGACACCCCGCGCGACAGAUUCGCUGGCCCUGGUCGAUGGACACCAGGAGCCAGACGUCCCGAUGGGACCCAUUUCGGGAUGCGGCCACCCGUAGGGGACGCCAUUAAGAGGCUAGUCGUUUCGUCGUCUCGUCCUCCGAGCCGGGUGCUGAUCGAACCUCGCGUAUUUGCUUCACGUUCGAUUCGAGAGGAUUCGCGCGCGGACCGAGACUCUCGCGGCUCUCGAGUAGGUGGAUGGGGGUCCGCUGGGUGUUGCCGAACGCGACUUGGUGAAUCGUGAAAGGCCAUCGGCGCGAAAGCUCGCGGAGCUCGCGGAGCUUUCGGGCCUGGACGAACCGGGAGGCGGGAAAUGGUUGGCGGCGUAUGAUGCGCGAGACGGAUCGUCUGGCUGGACCUCGACGCGCCGAUUCGAGCUGCUCGACCAACAAGACAAACACCAAGACGAAGACGUGGAAGUCCUCGUAGCCUGGGUAUCAACGCGAGUGGGUGCGCGGUGCGCGUAUGUGUCCGUCCGUGAGUGCGCCAAGAGUUCGAGUACCGAGGUGCUGGAAGCAUGCAGCCACGUUUGGGCGAGGCCCGCAGAGGCCUUAGUCCCGUUGAAGGAGCGGGAUAAGGAGUUACCGGAAGGGAGGAUCCACGGGGUGGACACUGCUCGCGGGUGACCAGGCGGUCCCGCGAUUCGCGGACCCGUUCGCGAGAGCUGAGAUCGCAGGGAACGCGGGAAGCGAGCUGGACUCGCUUUCAGGCGCAUGGAACAUGAUAGAGAUGUCGAGCGGAAUCGGUGCAACUGCAAUGGGGAUCGGCGUUAGUCACGGGGCAGGCGGCGGCGAGGGUGUGGCCGGUGGUUGCCGGUUACGCGCUCAAAGCCAAGGUCAGGCCUCCGGGUCCUCGGCGCAGCACAGCAAUCCGCAACAGACCGCGCAGCAGCAGCAACAGCAGCAACAACAGUUGCAACAGCAGCAGCAGCAACAGCAGCAACAGCAGCAGCAACCCCCGUCGUCGCAGCAGCAGCCGCAGCAACAGCAACGCCAGGGCUCCGGGAUCAUGGGCCGCUCGAAGAAGGACAACUGUUGCCUGUGCUGGUGUUGGUGCUGUAGUUGCUCUUUGGCGGCGGUGGGCGGCAACUCGACGGGUACAGGUGGCGCGGGUGACCAGGGAAAGAAGAAGGGCAACGCGAGCGUCAGCGGGGAUCACGGGAGCGGCAUCGGAGUCGGCGGUGAUCUUGUCGGUGCGGGGAACGGUGCCGACGGAAACAUGGAAUGCACCUUGGAGGAGGUCAGGUCUUGGGGCUCGUCUUUCGACAAGCUGAUGAGGAGCCCCGCGGGCCGCGAACACUUCAGGGAGUUCCUCGUCAGCGAGUACAGCGAGGAGAACAUUGCAUUCUGGCUGGCGUGCGAGCAGCUGAAGCGCGACACUAAUCCGGAAAGGAUCGAAGAAAUGGCGCGCUUCAUCUACGACGAGUACAUAUCCAUACUCUCGUCGAAGGAAGUGAGCUUGGACUCGCGAGUACGCGAAAUAGUGAAUCGCAACAUGAUGCACCCAACCCCGCAUACCUUCGACGAGGCCCAGCUGCAGAUUUACACCCUGAUGCACCGCGACUCGUAUCCCCGUUUCGUGAACAGCGAUAUUUACCGACGGGUGGCUAGACUCGGCAGCGGACCCCCCAGUCCGACCAGCGACGAGCACGGUACGGGCAAAUCAAAGGGUAAGAAGGGAACGACGUAAUCGCACCGACGACGAAACGGGGUGGCAGCGGACCAACACACCCUCCGUCUGUUCAGCGGAAAAAGAAGCGAGGCCCGCGAUACGCUGUCAACGCUGGCCGAUGACGGGACCCAGAAGCCAUCGGCGACCGGAGAAUUCAGCCUCGGGUGUCGAAACGCCCGUGCCUCUCCCUUGACCAUCUACAACGGAUAAUCUCGCGAUGGGAUCUCUCGACGUUGAUGGAUCUCGUUGAAAUUUCUCGAAGCGGCUCGCUUUUCCGCGCGUCACCAUAUUGGGGCCACGUAACCGCGCUCGCCGUCAGGCAGCGCACGAACUCGACGACGACGGACCGAACAAACAAGAAAACGUCGCGAAUCGCUAGAGAAACUGAACGAAGAAACGUACAACAAAGAGAAAGAUGAAAGAAAAAGAAACCAAAGUAACGAUACGUAAGCGGUCCGAUCGCGUGGAUCAUUACCGACUCUUCCUUCCAGGACACUCUUCGGUACGCUCGUUUACGCGACACGGUGAACCGAGGAUAGGGUAUAAACGCGGAAAACGGUCGGGAAUGACGUUCAUCUUUCGAGCAAGUUCCUAAAAUGUUCAUCGUCCGAAGGUGUACCGCGACUGAUCGUCGCCAAUGAUCUCUCUCUCUCUCUCUCUCUCUCUCUUUCUCCUUGCUCGACACGAAAGCUGCGUCUGCUCUCUCCUGCUCGACACUUCUCUCUCAUUCUCUGUUACUGUUUUGCUUUCUAUCCCUCCGCUUCACGUCUUCCCCUCUACUCGCACUCUUUUACUAUAUCCCUUUCAUCGCACGCGUUCGAGAAGAUCUCUUGCACGAAUUCGAUCGAGAAUUACACCGAACGAAAUUUUAAACGAUUCCCGAGCCCAUAGUCGAAUUACGUAUCGUUUGGUCGAUGUCGAGCAAUCCUUUUAUUCCUAAUGUACAGGGUGUCCGUGACUCUCAACCUCCUAGAAUAUUACAGGGUAUCCCCGAAACGGACCAUCUACUUAUCUUCUCUAGAUGUGACGUGGAACCUCUUCGAUCUCGAUUAUUUCACAAAUGUCAGGACCAAAACGUUCCGAAUAAAUGUAUGUAACGCAAAGAGAUUGCUCGAAUCGAUCGAGGAAUUUCGGUUGCACGUAUCGCUUCUUUCGAUCGAACGAAUUCUGUUUGCGACAAAAGAUAUUGUACGCGACGAGUCGAGGAAAGAAUUAAGGGCACCGCGUGGUUUGAGAAAAGCAAAUACCGUGAGAAUACUAUGACUGCGCGUCAACUACAACCAUCGCGAAACGUACCUCAUUAUUGCUACUUCGCAAACGAGACUCCUGCAAACGAAAAAACUCUUUGCCCGAUGUUUUCGUACCGAUAAAGUCGUACGUCAACCAAGAAAGUCGACCAAGUCAACUUGGUACUUUCGACAAUGGUACUUUCUUCGGGAAGAGAGUUUCAGUUUCACCUGGUCUUAUUUGUCACACCGUGGCGAGCAGGUACAGUGACUUAUGAGCCCGAAGAGGUAACUUGUUCGUUUGGUCACAAUUUCGAUUACAUGUAACGGGACCAUAAGAAGGGAGAAGCGAUUCAUUAGCGCACGAAGGGGUGUCUCGUUCGCCAAGUACUCCUCGUUGGAAUCGAGUUCGCGAGAAAGCGAGUCUUUCUCUUUCUAGAAAGAAUAGCGUGGUUCGAUUCUGGAACGGUGGCAUGACUUUAACGCCGCUCCGGCGAUAUAUAUUUCGCGACAUUGUCGGGCAAAAACGGACACCGAAUCUGAAUCUUGCUAUUGCUAUUUUUACUAUUGAUCAUUUUUCACCAAAGGGAACGAGCCACGUUUAUUUUCUUCCCUUAAGAAACACGCGAGUAUUUAAACGAGGAUUCGUGGUCCGUGCGAUCUCGAUGUAUAUACGAAAUUUAGUAUGCGACUGUUCCAAAGUCGAUCCGAGUUAUCAAGCAAAGAAGGAAUCGUCCCGAAUGCGUCAAGUAUCGUUGACAUUUAAACUUUCUCCCAUAUAAUUUUCGUCAUUCGCAAAAAAUACAGGCCGCAAUCGCGACGCGUUCGAUGUACCAAGGAAACCGUCAUCCCUGAUGAUUCGGAUGGGCGAAAUUUUCAUCUAGAUAUACAAAUAUUUCGCGUAACAAACAACAGAUAGAUCACCGUUUAAUCGAUAAUCGUUGAAUCGAAAUAAAAAUGAUAAUCGUAGAAUGAAACAUUUCAACGAAUAACGACUAAACGAACGGAAUUCUGCUCAUCUGUGGUCGAAGGCCGUACACGGCGAGUUACUGCCAGCGAGACACACCAAAGAAUCAAACGCGCCUCGAAUCCGACUACAUACUUCGACGACCAAGAAAACGAAGAUGCCGACGGAAACGGGCAAACACUCAUAGCGUGUUACGAUCUAGUCGGUACCGCUCCAAGACGGCAGCGUAGAUGAAAGGAAAAG